AUGGGAAGUGAUGAACAAAAAGUUGGGAUUAUGGGUUCUUGCAAAAGGAAGCUUAUUAGUGUUAUGGAGAGGACAAAUAAACUUGGAAGAGAUGAUCCAAGAAGGAUUAUUCACUCUUUGAAAGUUGGUUUGGCUCUUACAUUUGUUUCCUUGUUGUAUUAUUGGAGGCCUCUCUAUGAUGGUUUUGGUAUUGCAGCCAUUUGGGCUGUUCUCACCGUCGUCGUCAUUUUCGAAUUUACCGUAGGUGCAACACUAUCAAAAGGUCUAAAUAGAGGACUUGGAACACUUCUUGCUGGAGCCUUAGGAGUGGGAGCUCAACAUUUUGCCAGCCUUUUUGGCCAAACAGGAGAACCCAUAGUUCUUGGCACUUUUGUUUUCUUGCUUGCUGCUGCAUCAACGUUUUCUCGAUUCUUUCCACGGAUCAAGGCACGAUAUGAUUACGGGGUUUUGAUUUUCAUUCUAACCUUUAGUUUGGUAUCCGUUUCGGGGUACCGAGUCGAGAAAAUCUUGGAGUUAGCACAUCAAAGAUUAUCCACCAUAUUGAUUGGUGGAGCAACAUGCAUCUUUAUUUCCCUAUUUAUAUGUCCAGUUUGGGCUGGUGAAUCCCUUCAUAACAAUAUUGCCUCUAAUAUUGAAAAGUUGGCAAACUACCUUGAAGGAUUUGGAGGUGAAUAUUUUCAAUAUGAGGAUGAAGAGAAUAAUGUUAUUAUUGUUGAAGACUCAAAACACAACAAAUUAUCAUCCCUUCAAGCUUAUAAAACAGUGCUCACUUCACAGUCCUCAGAAGAAUCUUUGGCAAAUUUUGCAUCAUGGGAACCUAAACAUGGAAAAUUCUCAUUUCGUCAUCCAUGGAAACAAUACUUGAAAAUUGGAUCACUCACUCGUCAAUGUGCAUAUCAAAUUGAAUCCCUUAAUGGCUAUGUCAACCCAACUGAUAUCCAAGUUGCGAUUCAAUUUCGAAGAAGAAUAGAGGAAUCAUGCAAGGCCAUAAGCUCAGAAUCCGGCAAAGCUCUACGGAUAUUAGCUUCAUCCAUCAAAACAAUGACAAAUCCAUCUUCUUCAAGCAAAACCCACAUUGAAAAUGCCAGGACAGCCAUUGAUGAGCUUAAGAACACACUCAAAAGUGGAUAUUUGGAGAGCUCAGACCUAUUGGGAGUCAUACCAGAUGCAACAGUUUGUUGUAUAUUGAUUGACAUUGUGAAAUCCGUUGAGAAGAUAUCGGAAGCCAUCGAGGAACUCGGUCGGUCGGCGAACUUCAAAAGCGCGGAGGCAACAGUUUCACCAGAGAAGUCGUCGCAGUUGGUUCACAGAGGGAUCAUGAACCCAGUGUCCGACGGCGAGUGUGGAGAUCAUGUUGUAAUUAGGGUGGAUGAUAAUAAUGAAGCAGAUCAAAUAGUUGGUAAGAGUCAAGCUAAUUUGGAGGUGAAGGCAACAAGAAAAUUAGGGGAAAUAAUAGUUUGUAAAUAG